UUUUAUUGAUUUUUCGCCGACACCUAUAGAUACACACUGCCAGUGGAGUCUUGUAUAAAUUUCUCUCUCUUCAUUAAAACGAAAGCUUGGAAUCGGAGAGUUUCUAAACGAUGGUGACACCUACCACUACUGACGAUGUUACCUUCUUGUCAUUUCCCUGUCUUUCUUUCGCCAUGCUUCUUCUUCUUCCUCUUACCUGUGUUUCUGGACAACCCCUUUAAUUCUUGACUAACAAGAACGAACAAAACAGAAAAUGAAUAGAAAUAGCUGUAAGCAAGACACCCUUUUCCCCCUUUUGCCACUAGUGGUGAUUGUGGCAGUGGGUUUUUACUCAUCUUUUGUUGCGGAAGGAAACACUGAUCCGAAUGAUUUGCAAGCUCUUCAGGUCUUGUAUGCUUCACUGAAUAAUCCUUCACAGCUCUCUAAUUGGAAGUCGAAUGGUGGCGAUCCCUGUGGUGAGUCUUGGAAAGGAAUCACUUGUCAGGCCUCUUCUGUUGUUUCAAUUCAAAUUCCUGAUUUGGGACUCAAUGGAACGUUGGGAUACAUGCUAAAUGGUCUUACCUCGUUAAAGAACUUGGAUUUGAGCGGCAACAACAUUCAUGAUUCUAUUCCAUAUCAGCUUCCACCCAAUCUCACUAGCCUGAAUCUUGCAAACAACAAUAUAAGUGGCAACAUUCCGUAUUCCUUUGCUGGCAUGGUUACACUUAGCUAUCUGAAUCUUAGCCAUAACUCACUCUCUCAAACAAUUGGAGAAUUGUUCAGCAACCACUCUGAUCUGGGAACCUUGGAUCUGUCCUCAAAUAAUUUUUCUGGAGAUCUCCCCUCUUCAUUCAGUUCGUUGACAAAUCUUUCCACACUUCAUCUGGAAAACAAUCAGCUAAGUGGCCCUCUCAAUAUCCUGAUUGAUCUACCUUUGACUAAUUUAAAUGUUGCAAAGAAUCAUUUUAAUGGAUGGAUCCCAAAUGAGCUCCUAUCUAUCCCCAACUUCAUAUACGAUGGGAAUUCCUUUGCAAAUGGUCCAGCUCCUCCCCCACCACCAUACACUGCACCUCCUCCUGGAAGAUCUCGCCACAACCGUAGCCAUUCUCCUCCUAGUUCACGUACAAGACCAGGUUCUGAUGGCCCCCCAUCUCCAGAAAAUGGUGAUAAAAAGAAGGGAUUGACAACUGGAGCUAUCGUUGGCAUAGCUCUUGGAUCUUCUCUUGCAAUUCUUUUUGCUCUGGUAGCACUUGUAUUUUGCUUCCGGAGGGGCAAGGGCAAGGAAAUUGCUACAAGACCCUCUACAGGAAGUCUUCCAGUUGGCACAGAUAAAGUGAAUAUGGAGGUACAAGAGCAAAGGGCGAAGCCUGUGGUUGCUGUUGCUGACUUGAAGCCCCCACCUACCGAAAAGGUGACUGUUGAAAUGAUACAAGGAAAGAAUGGAUCUGUCAGGAGAGUGAAGUCUCCAAUAACUGCAUCUGCUUAUACUGUUGCUGCAUUGCAAACAGCAACAAACAGCUUCAGUCAAGAAAAUCUCAUUGGUGAAGGAUCUCUUGGGCGUGUUUAUAGGGCAGAGUUUCCUAAUGGGAAGAUAAUGGUCAUAAAAAAGAUCGACAGUGCAGCACUGUCGCUGCAGGAGGAAGAUAACUUUCUCGAAGCUGUCUCAAAUAUGUCAAGGCUGAGACACCCAAACAUUGUUCAAUUGAUAGGAUAUUGUGCUGAGCAUGGACAGCGUCUUCUGGUUUAUGACCAUGUUGCAAAUGGUAGCUUGCAUGAUAUGCUGCACUUUGCUGAUGAGAGGAGCGAAUUGCUUACUUGGAAUGCCCGGGUUAGAGUAGCACUUGGCACUGCUCGAGCUUUAGAGUACUUGCAUGAAGUCUGUCUACCUUCUGUUGUACAUAGAAACUUCAAAUCCGCAAAUAUUUUACUAGAUGAAGAGCUCAAUCCCCAUUUAUCAGAUUGUGGGUUAGCAGCUUUGACUCCCAACACAGAACGCCAGGUGUCAUCUACACAGAUGAUUGGUUCAUUCGGCUAUAGCGCUCCUGAAUUUGCUUUAUCUGGAAUAUACACUGUAAAAAGUGACGUAUAUAGUUUUGGUGUGGUAAUGUUGGAGUUGUUAACAGGAAGGAAGCCACUUGAUAGUUCAAGGGUGAGAUCAGAGCAGUCCCUUGUGAGAUGGGCUACGCCUCAACUCCAUGAUAUAGAUGCCUUGUCAAAAAUGGUUGAUCCUGCACUAAAUGGCAUGUAUCCUGCAAAGUCUUUGUCCCGUUUCGCUGAUAUUAUUGCACUCUGUGUUCAGCCUGAACCAGAGUUUCGACCCCCAAUGUCUGAAGUUGUGCAAGCACUGGUUCGGUUAAUGCAAAGAGCAAGUGUGGUCAAAAGGCGAUCCAGUGAUGAAUCAGCUUUCACAUACAAGACUCCGGAUCAUGAGACGGUUGACAUGCCAUAGAUAAAACAUACACGACGAAGCAGCCUUUGCAAUUUUGUAAGUAACUUCUGUGAAGGUCAAGAGUAACUGUGGCAGAUGAAACUGGGAGGUGUCAAUACCAGGGACAUUAAAUAUGUAAUUAUUUUUCACAUCUUCGUCGUUUAAAAAAAAAAAAGAAGCUUUUUUGCAUCCCAAUUUGAGGUACAUAAUUCACUGACAAUGUCCUCCAGAGUAUAUUUACAAACCAUCUUGGGAUACUGGAUACAUUUUAUUGUCAAUAAGAACAUUGCUACACAUUAUAAUUC